AUGGGUUCAUCUAGCGGGUUCCAUCAUGCCGAUCACGCCAACUAUGCGUCAAUCUUAAGUAAGGAAGAAACCCUUGAACAACUCUUAUUAUCGUACGAGGCACUAUCUGACGAUCAAACCAAUUGGGUUUGUAAUUUGUCUAAUGCCUCGUCUUUGAUUUGGCAUGCGUACAAGUCGUUGGGCGUCAAUGUGAAUUGGGCCGGGUUUUACGUUAGUCAUGGAAAUGAAAAGGAUACAUUGAUACUGGGCCCGUUUCAAGGGAAGGUUGCCUGUCAAACGAUUCAAUUUGGUAAAGGUGUUUGCGGGACUGCAGCCUCAAAAAAAGAGACACAAGUUGUCCAUGAUGUUAACAAAUAUCCCGGUCAUAUCGCGUGCGAUGGAGAAACUAAGAGUGAGAUCGUUGUCCCGGUCAUAUCCAAUGAUGGUAUUACAUUGGCUGUUAUUGAUAUUGAUUGUUUAGAUUACAAGGGGUUUGAUGAAGUAGACAAAAAUUUUUUGGAAAGGCUCGGUAAUCUAAUAAAUAAAUCAUGCACUUUUAAAUAG